CGUUCUUCAGCGCUGUCCCGUCUGCUGCCUGUAGGGGGCAGACUCGCUAUCAACGUCUGCCGAUCUAUUUGCAGUAGAAGAAGAAAUGUGUGCGUCGCCAAAAAAGUUCCUCCUGGUUAAAAAGAUAUUGGUGAACAACUGCAAGGUUGGCUUAAGGUAGAAGAAUGGAUUCACUUUCUCACAUGAUUACUGAUCGCCUUGAUCCAAAAGAGGAGAAUGGUGGGGUGAUCACAGAGGAAUGCAUGCUUGGAGACUGCAGGGUGAGCCUUCCAGAGGAUCUCCUUGAAGAUCCUGAUAUUUUCUUCUCUGUGUUGAGUGAAAACACGUGGAAUGAAGUGCUCUCCGAUUCUCAGAGACAACACCUGCGACACUUUUUGCCACAGUUCCCUGACAAUAACCUUGAAGAGCAGAACGACACCAUCGCUAACUUGUUCAACAACAGAAAUUUUCUCUUUGGAAACCCUCUGCACCUUGCACAAAAGCUGUUCAGAGAUGGUUACUUCAAUCCUGAGGUGGUGAAGUACAGACAAUUAUGUGCCAAGUCUCAGAGGAAGCGUCAUCUGCACGCCCUUCAGCAGUAUUACCACAAGCUGUUGAAGCAAAUUCUAGUCUCCAGAAAGGAGCUGCUGGAUUUUGCUGUUCAGAACGGUUUGGACUUUCCACCAAAAAGAAGGCUGCCAAACAAGACUCAAGCUGAAAUGAGAGAGACGAGAGUGAGAAGACGAUGGAGCCGCAUACUUAAAGAGGUCAAAACGGAGUGUGAAGACGCCAUUGCUUCCUCUGAUGAUGAAGAAACGGCGAUAUGGACUCAGGCGCCUCAGUCGCCGUCCUCUCCGACUCCCACCGUCUCUCUCAGAGUUCUUCCCACCCUCUCCACCCAAGACAUGAAGACCUCCGAAAAAGUAGAACUAAGCGAGCUGGACUUGAAAGUCAUGUUGCAAAACCAUUGUGAGAAAAGAAAGCGCCAGCCUGACCACCCUGACCUGAUUACCUCUGAUAUCCAGCUGAGAGACAUCCUGUCCAGAUCCAAUAUUGGUCGAAAAGGGACCAUGCCUCUCUUCGAUCUGUCUUUGCCUAAAAAGAAGAUGAGGGAUGAGAGGAGGAGGAAAAAGUUGAGAACGAUAAAAACGGAGACUGAAGAUCCCUGUGAAACGCUCCCCCUUUCAGAAGCCCCUGCAGCCCCGUCGGCGCACAUCAGCAGCUCUCUGCCAGAACCCCCCUGCACUCUGCAGACCAUCAUCAAGGAGGAAGUCGUGGAGGAAUCCCAGAGCAGCCCAGGAGCUCUGGAGGAAAUAGCAGCCAGUUUCUUCAGCUUGUUGGAAAGCAUCUUCCGGACCGAGGGUCUUGCUAGCACUUUAAUGUUGGAGGAGAAAGUUCAGAUGUGGCAGAUGUCUCCAGCCAGCUCCCUCAAUCCCUGGUUUUCAUCUGCUUCCUGCUGGUCUGAUCUAGUUCUUCAAGCUCUACAGUUUCUAGCAGGAGAGACUAAAGACGGCAUGAUGGCGCUCCCAAGUGGCUUCUCUCCAUUUGUGGAGUUUGUCGAUGAAUCUCAGCAGUGGAGAUGGAUCGGUGCCACUCAGGAUACAGAGAAGGACCUCGGUGCGCUCUGUCAGUUGUGGCUGGACUCUAAAGAUUUUGUUGUCAAAACAGAAAGUGAGGACAUAUCAGAACUGAUGUCCCCAAUACCAAAACUAUCUACUGAUUACGUGGUGAGGCCGAGCACCGGCGAUGAGAGACAGGUGUUUCAAGUUCAGGAGCAGCACCGAUACAACGAGCCGCACAAAGCGUUCACCUUCAGGAUGCACGGCUUCGAAUCGGUAGUGGGUCCCGUUAAAGGGGUGUUCGAUAAGGAGAUGUCUCUCAACAAAGCCAGAGAGCACACACUGCUGCGCUCAGACCGCCCCCCAUACGUCACCAUUCUCUCUCUGGUGCGGGACGCAGCAGCCAGGCUGCCCAAUGGAGAAGGAACAAGGGCGGAGAUCUGCGAGCUGCUGAAGGACUCCCAGUUUCUUGCUCCAGAUGUCACAAGUGCACAGGUGAACACAGUCGUGAGUGGAGCGCUGGAUCGACUUCACUAUGAGAAAGACCCCUGUGUGAAGUACGACAUUGGCCGCAAACUGUGGAUUUAUCUGCAUCGCCAUCGCAGUCAGGAGGAGUUUGAGAGAAUCCAUCAGGCUCAAGCUGCAGCUGCAAAAGCAAGAAAAGCUCUGCAACAGAAGCCUAAACCAGCCUCAAAGCCUAAGUCUGGAAGCAAAGAUGGAGGUGGAAAAACGCCAGGAAGUGUGGAGGCGGGACAGGAUGUGAGCUCCAACCCCAUGUCUCCGAUCUCUACAACUCUCACCCCGAACACACCUGGUACACCCAAGUCCCCGCUACCCUGCACAGCCACCACCCCCACGAAGACCGGAGUCCCGGAUGCAGUCAAAACCAGCCCGGGAGUUCUUCUUGUGUCCCCCCCGUCCCUGCCUCAGCUCGGAACCAUCUUACCCACAAGUCAGGCUUGUCCUCCAGUCUCCCAGCCAGUUCCGUCCCAGCACACGGCUCGGAUCGUGAGCCACCUGGCUGCCAGCUCCCUCCCUCAGGUGCGGGUCGUUUCCACUCAGCCUGCUCUGGCGCCUUCGGCUGCAAGCCAGCAGGCCACUCUGGUGCACCAGACCCCACACCAGAUCCGGAUGCCUGUGUCUGUGGCGGCCAAGGGCAUCUCACAGGCGGUGGUUUCUGUGCCUUUACGAACUCAGUCCGGUACCAGUCCAGUGCAGGUUCCAACUACUUUGUCCAUGUCAGCUGUAACCGUAACCAAACCUCAAACCGGGUCUCCUGGCAGCCCGGCUAACAAACCAACAUCUCCAGCAGUUCUGCAGGGAGUCACCGGCUCCAACAUCAAACAGGUUUCCAUCACCGGACAGCUGGGGAUGAAAACCCCGGGCAGCGCUGGAAUUCCAAUAACCGCUACAAACCUGCGCAUUCAGGGCAAAGACGUCCUGCGUCUGCCGCCCUCCUCCAUCACCACGGACGCCAAAGGACAGACAGUGCUUCGCAUCACCCCGGACAUGAUGGCCACUCUCGCCAAAUCCCCGGUCGCCACCGUCAAACUCACCUCCGACUUUCUGGGCUCUGCCACCGCGGGCAGCAAGAGUAUAUCAGCCACUCUCCACGUGACGCCUCCGCACCUUUCACCGUCCUCUGCCUCAAGCGCUUCGCCCUGCAUGGGGGAAGUGCAGACCACUAAAGCCAGCCCCGUUUCCUCCACCAUGCUGAAGGCGGCAGGAGACGCGGCCAUUCGCCUGAUGCCCACGUUAGCCGUCAACGUGGCCGACCAGAAGUCUCGAACUUUCUCGCCGGACAAGAGCGCCACUAUCCGGAUCAUGCCGGGCCUCGGGGUCAUACCACAGAAGCAGGGCCAGACCAUCACGAUGACCACCUCCACCGGCAGCAAACCUCUGCCGGUGCCCACCUGUGCUACUGUGGUCACCAUGGCAGCCAGCGUGGCCACCGCCACGAAGAGCAUCACCGUGGCUCCUGGAGUAUCCGGCGCCCCGCUGACGCUGGCUACAGCAACUGCAGCGGUGCGGCAGGUUCCUGCAACAGUCGUCUCAACACAAGCGGGAAAGUUACCAGCACGAAUCACCGUUCCCCUCUCUGUCCUCAACCAACCACUGAAGACGAAGAGCGUCGUAACGGCACCAAUCGUGAAAGGAAGCAUUAAUACCAACAGUAUCAGUAGCUUGGGCAGGAACAUCAUCCUGACCACCAUGCCUGCAGGCACCAAGCUCAUAGCCGGAAACAAACCGGUCAGUUUUGUCACAGCGCAACAGUUCCAGCAGCUUCAGCAGCAAGGACAGGCCACACAGGUUCGGAUUCAAACCGUCCCGACUCAGCAGCUCCAGCAGCACAUGGCCACCGGAUCCCCCAAAUCUCUCUCCACAGUGGUGGUCACGACUGCCCCUUCCCACAAACCCGCUCCUGAUCCCCCACCUGCCCCCCAGAACUGAUGUCCGUUCAUUACGCAGCUUUUAGAGUUCUUAGUUUAGCUGUAGUGUUUUUGACUAAAACUGGAGUUUAAAGUUAUUUUCAUGGAAGAUGCUGACAUUUCCUGCAGCAAAGUCGUUUUCAGGAUGUUCCGUCAGUCUGAGGUUCACAAAGAAUCAGAAAUUGUUCGUUAUGAAACUCUUGAGUUUCACUUUAAAUGUAAUUAUUAACUGGAACGUUGUAAAUAUUAAACAGUUAAAUCAGCCUUUAAUAUAACAAUAGGACUUUGUUGUCUUGUAUGUUGGUGUUUAAAGAACAUAAAAUGUGCAAUAAUAUGGUUUAUUUCUUUUAAUGGUGUGACCAAUGUGUUCCAUUUAAAGUGUUUGUUCUCGUUUCCCUCUGAAUUCAUGUUUUUCUUUCAACAUUUGAAAAAUGGCAAAUAUACAUUUAAAGUGG